UACCAAUAAGACAAACAAAUUGUCAACUCUUCAAAAAAAAAAUGAAGAAAAAAAUCAUCAAUUCCCUAACUACAUAGAAAAUGUUUGUUGAAUAUGCAGCUACAACAGCUCUCAAUUCAAUUUAUAAGAAAGGUAGGUGAUCACUUGAAGGAGGAGCAAAGCAGAGUGAAAAACAAAGCAUAAUAUGGACAAGCUUAGCAGUUUGAAACACUUAUUUGUGACAGUGUUUCUCUCAAAUUUUGCGUUAAAUGUGGUGACUCCAGCAAUGACUGAUAUUACUAUGGAUGCACUUUGUCCUUCUCAAGACAAGUGCUCUCUUGCCAUUUAUCUUUCUGGUUUCCAGCAAGCCAUUAUGGGAUUGGGAUCAAUGUUGUUGAUGCCAUUGCUUGGAAAGCUAUCUGAUGUAUAUGGAAGGAAAGCUUUGCUCACAAUUCCCGUUACUGCUUUGAUUUUUCCUUCAGUAAUAAUGGCAUACAGGAGGACAACAAACUAUUUUUAUGCCUACUAUGUCAUAAGGACCCUCACUGGCAUGCUCAGCGACACUGGCAUUCAGUGCCUUCCCAUUGCUUAUGCGGCUGAUUGCAUGUCAGAAGAGAAGCGUGCUUCUGCUAUUGGAAUUGUUGCGGGUGUAGGUUCUGCUGCAUAUUUAUGUGCUACCUUUGCUGUUCGCUUCCUCUCCACUGCACAAAUAUUUCUGGUGUCAUCCAUUUCUUCAACAGCCGCGGCAAUAUACAUGACAAUAUUCCUAAAGGACACAACUCGUCACAUUAAUAAGAACGACGAUGCUCUCAAUAAACCAAUAUUAGCCAAUGGUGGUGAUAGGUCUGAAAGUGACUCUUCGGAGAGAACGCUGAGUCAUAAGAAUAUUCCACCAUUUCACCAUAUUAUUUGGUUGCUCAAGAGUAGUACCACGCUUUUAUUGGCAACAAUUAUUUCAUUCUUGUAUGGUCUUGCUGAAGGUGGAAUUCAAACUCCAUUUAUGUACUUCUUAAGGGGUCGAUUUCAAUACAACAAAGACAACUUUGCUGUUCUAAUGUUUAUUUGCUACAGCGGAGCAACAUUUUCUCAGUUGAUCUUAGUGCCUAGAUUGGCUCCUAUAAUUGGAGAGGAGACAAUACUUUCCUUGGCGCUCAUAGCUGGUUUUAGCAAUAUGCUAAUAGAUAGCAUUGCAUGGGCAGCUUGGGUUCCUUAUGUAGUUGCUUUGUUUCCUAUGUUUCUCUUUUUAGCAAAACCAGCUUUACAAAGCAUUGUUUCAAAACAAGUUGGACCAAACGAGCAGGGAAUUGCUCAAGGGUGCAUUUCUGGCAUAAGCUCCUUUGCCAACAUUCUCUCUCCAUUUAUAUUUAGUCCUUUAACAGAUCUUUUCUUAUCUGAGAGAGCUCCGUUUAAUUAUCCUGGUUUUAGUAUGUUCUGUGUCGGCCUUGCUUGGUUGAUAGCAAUUGUUCCGAGCAUGAUGAUAAUGUUUGGUACCUAUAAUUCAAGAAACAAAAUCAGGGACGUCCUUUGCUAGGAGGCUAGAAGGAGAAUUCGAUCAACAAGCUAAUAUUAAUUUGUAUAUCCAAAAUCCUAUACACAACUUUCAAAUUAUGUACUUUGUAGGAGACUUUUUGUGAAGCAUCUAAUGUCUUGCAAUAUCAAAAUGAUACUACUUGAUAAA